CCGUAAAUAAAUUUUUUCGCAAAAAUUCGCGCAACCUACAAGCAAAUUUUAGAAAAAUUUUAUGAAAAUAAAUUAUUAGCUUUAGGCGCGUUGAAUAUCUUGCUGCAGUAUCCGUGAAAUACACCUUAAAGCGAGAUUUUCUCAGUUUUGGACAUUCUUGCGCUCAUGAACACAUUUGGUUGGAGUCUGAUGAUUGACAGCUGUGGUGUGACCAGCCACAGCAGAGCAUCACUUCGUGAUGUUUGACCCCUGGGGUGCCUUAAGACAAUACUUCUGUACUUGUCUUAUUUUAUCAAUGUGUCUUGUGCACCCCAGAGGACAAACAUCCAGAAGCUCUGCUGUUACAGAAAGAAUGAAGAUCUGCCGGGAUAUGUAACCAUCUAUUUGUUUGCUACCCGUUGGUCUCCUUCCAUACAGAGAAUAUUCCCCGAAGAGAAGGAUAGCAAGGUGAGCUGUUUCCACACUAUCGUGGUGGCAGCGGUAGCUCAGCACCCUCCAACUCCUCAGUUCCGUUUCGGCGAAGCGGUCCUACAGAAUAAAUCUUCAUUGUUCUCCACCUCAUAAUGAGUAAAAUUAAAAUCAGCAAACCGGAGCGUCUCCCUAGAGAUGGCGUCACAGAUACUGAUUUCCAAACCUGGAAAAAUGAAUUGAUCAACUAUCUCAAUCAAGAUGAAAGCUUUGAACUCUUCACAUCCAGAGGAACAUACUCAUCAUGGAUCGCGGCAGAAGUCGACGACAGAAGAAUCUUGCAACUUGGAACCCCAGAUGAAAAUGGUGAAAUUGGACUCAGAAGAAGACAACUUCACAACUUCCUCACUAUAACAGCAGGCUGCUGUUAUAAAGACCAAUAUAUGACCAUCCUACAACAAGCUACCAGCUUUGAAUGGAUUUGGCAAGAGAUCAAGAAUAUCUACCAAAUCACCCACAGAGGGAAAGACUUCCUCAACAUAGUUGAUAUAAAAUGGGACCCAUCCACAAUGUCAGCAACAACUGUCUACAAUGCAUACAGAUCAAAGAUUUUGGAGAACAUGAAACCAUCUGGCACGGUUGUAAAAUGGAAAAAUCUAACAUUACCAACCCAGGAAACCUUAUCCCCAACAUUCGAGGAUCACAUUCUCUUGUCAGUCCUGCAACUAAUUGACAGCAGACUGCCCAGUAAAAUAAGAGAAAUCUAUGGUCCCAGGAUGGAAAAUGAGAAGUUUCUGAUGGAUUUCAAGCAAGAUAUCCUCUCCAAUGCGCAAAAAAUAAUAGAGGAUCUAGACAAUGCAGAUGUCCCACUCAACGCUAUACAAUAUCAACUUUCCAACACAAGAUUCAACCCCAAACCUCGCCAAAACUACCGUCAAUCCAAACCCAACCGUCCACAGAGUGCACAAAUCAACCUGAAAUUCUGUAGACUCUGUCAUGUAUCCCGGCGGCCAAAACAGGUUGUAACAUCCCAUGAAAUAGGUGACCUGACAUGUCCAUCUCUAUCAGAACGUGACAAGGUAGGCCUUCAGAGCAAAGGCAUCAAAAUGGCUCAGAUAGUACCCUCCGAAGAUGAUGAACUAAACAUGAUAGCAAUCAUGCACGGUUAUGAGGAGGAUGAACACCAACUUCAGCACGAACAUGAACAGGUAUUUCCAUCUAUUAAUCAUAUCUCCCCUGUGCCGUCACAAAUACUAACACUUUACCAAAACGACAAACUAAUUCACCUAGACAUAGACACAGGAUCAUGGGUAUCAUGCGUUAAGCAAGAAUUUGCAAAAAAAAUGAACUGGACAAUAUAUCCGAAUGCCCAGCUAGCAAAAUUAGCCGACAACAAAACAGUCCUAAAAUCAGUUGGAGAAAUACACGAACAGCUGAACAGAAACAACUGGGUAGUAGACUUCCAUGCCCUAGUUCUCCCAAAUCUCCACACCAACACAAUAGCUGGGAACAACUUCAUGAAAGACAACAAGGUAGAACAAAGCAUCAAUAACAAAACCAUAACCAUUCUAGGAAAGUAUGUAGUCCCUGAAACAAAUAGAAAUAUUACGCUACCAACACAUGUCAACAACAUAAUAGUUUCAGAAAAACUCAACAAAGUCAUUCUACCUCAACAAACAAUUCAAAUUAAGGUUCCACUUCCAGACUACACACAAGUAACAGUUGAACCAAGACUAGAAAACAAACUUGCCACCUGGCCACUUCCUCAAAUAUGUACCAUUAAUAAUGGUGAAAUAGAGAUCGAAAACAAUCUUAACAAGCCCAUUCACCCUGGAAAACACCCACACAAAUUCCAGAUUAACAAAGUUCAGCAAAAGGACAUGUAUGAUAAAGAUAAAGACUACAAAUACAUGCCACAACAAUCCACAUGCAACAACAACAAUCUCCAUGAAAUAAAAAUCAACAAAUCCGCACUAACUGCAAAACAACUUAGAAUCGUACAAGAGACACUAGAAGUCAACAAAGAUGUAUUCAACAAUGAUCUCUCAAAAGGAUACAAUCAUAAUUCAGGAAAACACUUUUGUAGACUCAACUGGGCAAAUGAACAGCGUCCAAGCUCUAAAAAGGUAUUAUGCCCAGCCUACAACUCACAACUAAAUGGUCUUCUCCAAGAACUAUGUGAUGAACUAACUCAUCAAAAUGUUCUAGGCAUUCCCCAAGAGGACAACAUUAUUGUACAAUGUGUUGCACCCUGCUUUCUCAGAAAAAAACAAAAAGCUAAAAACAAACCCAACAAUGAGCUGAGAAAAGAAGACGUCAGACUAGUAGUAAACGCCAAUAUUAUUAGCAAACACCUGAAAAACCUCCCAACCAAAGUGACCAAACCUCAGGAAGUCUAUGCAGGAAUUGCUAAAUGGAAAUACAUCAUCAAAACAGACUUGUACCAAGGAUUUUUCCAAAACCAUUUACAUCCAGAUGCUUAUCAAUGGUGCGCAAUACAAACACCAUAUGGAGGAAUAAGAUACUUCAAGAGAAGCAUCCAAGGACUUCUUGGGCAAACUGAAGAACAAGAUGAACUAUUAGCAAGAGUACUACACAAGCCCCUACAAGCAGGCAAAUGUGUCAAAAUAGCAGAUGACAUGUUCACUGGAGGAGAAACCAUAGAAGAUGCAAUUCAAAACUUUAAAGAACUCAUGAACAUCCUUCAGGCAAAUAACCUCAAAAUAUCGGCAUCGAAAACAGUGCUCUUUCCAAAACAAGUUGACAUCCUUAGUUGGGUCUGGAAUCAAGGCGGAUUUCUAUCCCCAUCUCCACACCGAAAACAAGCACUCGCUGAUGUUCACCCAGAACAUAUCAAAACCAUCAAAGAUCUCCGAUCAUGGAUUGGGCUCUACAAAACCUUCCUGGACUGUACUCCUAACCUCACUUCCAUACUAGACCCCUUUUGACACAAUCACGGGUGGUAAAG